CUGCAUUUCUUCAGAUAUGAUACUGAAUGUUUUUAUCAGUUUUUAUGAGAAUUUUAUCCAGCUGAUUUGAUGAAUGGUUAAGGAAUUCGAUAUAUGUCUCUUUCCUAACAGGUGGUUUAUCCAUCUGGUUGCAAAGAAUUCCCCCCCAGUGUAUCAUGGCCAGUUUCAUACUGCUAAUGUAAAUAUUUAAUUUCUGCUGUGAUUUUCUGGGUGGUAUAGUGAACAAAGGAAUUGUAAAAAUUGCACUACAUAUGAAACUUUCACACAGCAUGCCGCUUAUUACUGAAAAUGGGAGUCAAGCAUCGGCCUCUUGAUUGGCAGGAAGUUUGCAAGUAUUCAAGCAACUGAUUUAUCCAAUGUGAUUUCCAGCAUCUGAUUUGAUCAAACAAACGCCAGCGUCCCACGUUUUGUAUGGUGCGCUGAAAAUGAGAGGGCACUAGGACCGCACCAGCGCUUCUGCUGUACAUUUGAUGUUGGAAAGUUGUGAGGUUUGCGUACAGGUGGUGGCUCGCGCGGCUGAGAACGCUAGCGAAGUCUCGCGCAGUGUGGUCCCGUAAUUUUAUCGCCACGAAUUAAUCACUAUAAUUAUAUAGAGAUGAGCCAGAGCACGGAAGAGGAGACCGAAAUUAGCAACGGGCGCUGGAGAGAGGGUACCGCGGCCACCCUCCACGGCCUGUUCAUCAAGACCGACGCGGCAGACUCCAUCCCUUCUGUCAUCGCCUACCAAAGCAGACACGUACGGACAAAUUCGCAUCGGGAGCGCCGGGAAAACAGCGGGGGACACAUCUGCAUCGAGGCCGAGACUCAGACGAGCCACACCAGCGUCAAGGUUUCUGCCACAGAGGAAUGCAUAGGGCCUAUGCGAUUGAACCAAGAACCUAUUCAGGUCCUGCUGGUGUUCACGAAGGAGGACAGCCAGAGCGAUGCCUUCUGGUGGGCGUGCGACCGCGCCGGGUUCAGGUGCAAUAUCGCCCGCACCCCCGAAUCUGCUGUCGAAUGUUUUCAGAACAAGCAGCAUGAGAUCAUCAUUAUCGACGCAAGGCGAUCACAUCACCUGGAGGCGGAAUCGGUUUGCAGGUCAAUACGUGCUGCCAAGCACUCGGAACACACUGUCAUUCUAGCUGUUGUGCCACAAAUACCCCAGGAUCAGGAGGAGCCUUCAGUCCUUCCUCUGCUCAAUGCAGGAUUCAGCAGAAGGUUUCUCGAGAGCAGCAGUGUCUCGGCCUGCUACAACGAGCUUAUCCAGAUGGAGCGUGGAGAGGUGCGAUCACAGUUCAAGAUGAGGGCAUGUGACUCACUCUUCACUGCUCUGGAAAACUGUCAGGAAGCGGUGGAGAUCACCAGUGAAGACCACGUGAUACAGUAUGUAAACCCAGCGUUCGAGCGGAUGAUGGGAUACCACCAAGGGGAGCUGAUCGGGAAAGAACUGACGGAGCUGCCAAAAAGUGAUAAGAACCGCAUUGACCUGCUGGACACCAUCAACACCUGCAUCAAGAAAGGAAAGGAAUGGCAGGGUAUUUACUAUGCCAGGAGGAAAUCUGGAGACAAUAUACAACAGCAUGUUAAAAUCACUCCUGUUAUUGGACAGGGAGGAAAAAUCCGACAUAUUGUUUCAAUCAACAGACCUCAUAUUGACAACAACAAACAGGUGAGGCCAUAUAGAAUUAAGGUACAUAAGUUAAAUCGAGAUGAAAAACACAGUGGUGAUAAUUCCCAGUCAGAAUGCCAUUCAUCACGUCACAAGGACCGCAGGAAAGAGUCUGUUGACAUCAGAUCCAUCAGCUCCCGGAGCAGCGACGCCCCGAGUUUGCAGAACCGCAGAUACUCAUCCAUGGCCAGAAUUCAUUCCAUGACUAUUGAGGCUCCAAUCACAAAGGUGAUCAACAUCAUCAACGCAGCCCAGGAGAACAGCCCCGUGACAGUUGCCGAGGCCCUGGACCGGGUUCUUGAGAUACUCAGGACCACUGAGCUUUAUUCACCACAGCUGGCCUCCAAAGAGGAUGACCCCCACACCAACGACCUUGUGGGGGGUCUUAUGAGUGACGGUUUGCGAAGAUUGUCUGAGAAUGACUAUGUAUUCUCAAAAAACAUAAGCCAGAGUCAGCUGGGCGUGCCCGUCACCCUUAGCGACAUACCCCCGUCCGUUGCCAAAAUACUCGAUGACGAGGAUCAUUGGGAGUUCAACAUCUUGGAGCUGGAGGCUGCAACACACAAGAGACCAUUAACCUACCUCGGUUUGAAAAUCUUUGCUCGUUUCGGGGUGUGCGAGUUCCUGAGCUGCACAGAGGCAACACUGCGGUCCUGGCUGCAGGUCAUUGAGGCCAACUACCACGCUUCCAACUCUUACCACAACUCCACUCACGCAGCUGAUGUGCUGCACGCCACGGCCUACUUCCUGCGCAAGGACAGGGUCAAGGGCAGUCUAGACCAGCUAGACGUGGUGGCAGCUCUGAUCGCUGCCACAGUGCACGAUGUGGACCACCCGGGCCGCACCAACUCCUUCCUGUGUAACGCAGGCAGUGAGCUGGCCAUCCUGUACAACGACACGGCCGUGCUGGAGAGCCAUCACGCCGCCCUGGCCUUCCAGCUGACUGUCUCUGACAACAAGUGCAACAUCUUCAAGAACACUGAGAGGACGCAGUUCCGGACGCUGCGACAGGCCGUCAUCGACAUGGUGCUGGCUACAGAGAUGACACGUCAUUUCGAACACGUCAACAAGUUCGUCAACAGCAUCAACAAACCCAUGGCAGCAAUCGAGGAAUCCAGCAGUAAUAAAUUGAAAUCACCCCUGGGCUCACACGUGUUGCAGAGCGAGGGCAGCGACUUCGAGUGUCCGGCCAGCAUCCGGAACUCCGCGGAGAACCGGCUGCUGAUUAAGCGUAUGAUGAUCAAGUGUGCCGAUGUGGCCAAUCCAUGCCGCCCCCUGGAGCUGUGCAUCGAGUGGGCUGGCCGAAUCUCUGAAGAGUACUUUGCCCAGACAGACGAAGAGAAGAGACAGGGUCUCCCCGUGGUCAUGCCGAUCUUUGAUCGGAACACCUGCAGCGUCCCCAAGUCACAAAUCUCCUUCAUCGACUACUUCAUCACCGACAUGUUUGACGCUUGGGAUGCAUUUGCUAACCUGCCUGGCCUGAUGGAGCACCUGUCGGAGAACUACAAAUAUUGGAGAAGCCUGGACGAAAUGAAAUGCAAGAGUCUCCGGCCCCCCACACCUUCCUGAAGGUUCCUGGAAGACCGACACCUAUGUCUGGAGAAGGGUAACCUUGAAUGUAGCCAUCGCUCCUAUUAGCCUCCCCACUGUGACGUCAUCACAAUCCAUGAUGACAUCAAUGACUGAAGCAGACUGCCAGACACAAGGCGUCCUGCUAUGGACUGCAGAUGAGACGCAGAGGCAGGGUGGAGGUGAACGCCCAGUCACACGAUUUCACUUGACAAUCUUUCCCAGUUUGAAAGGUCAAUAUGCUUCAGUUGCACUUUACUAGGAUUUUUUUCCUUACAUUUUCUGUCCUUUGUUGUGUUACGUAGCUGCAAAUUGGUAGCAUUGGUGGAGUUGUUGUUAAACUGCUUAAGAAAUACUUGCUAACAACUUCUCCCAUGAGUGAAUGUUGUCACUGCGAUUGUUUUUUUGUUUUUUUUUUACCGGAGUGAGUCAUCUGGAAAGACGUGUAGCAAGACUACAAGAAAAAAGAAAAAAACCUACAUUCUGAACCACAAUUCACUCUCUUCGGACAGCUAGCUUAUUUACAGUAAAUCAUUUGUAUUGACACUGACAAGCCAUUUAUAGAGAGAAUGAUUGCGCACUGUGCUUAAAGCCAGAAUCGGAGCACUAGGAGCCCCUUGGAUUAGCAGACUGCUGUAGCUGAGAACUCUGAUCUUAAAUUACUGUUAUGUAUUUCACCACAAGACAGUCACUCUGUAUAAACAACCAACGGAACUAUUUGUGGGUGGCCAAAAUAUCUGAAGCCAGCACUUAUGAACCAACCAAUCCAUGCUAGAUUUACAUAGGUCUUUGUAACACACAUAUCCCUGUUUGCUUUGAAAGCAGUACCGCUUGUUUGUGGUCAAGUCCAGAUGACAUGCGCGCGACACAAAACUGUAAAACUAUACCAAAGUUUAUAACAAGCACCUUAUAGCUGUCUUAUGGUUUGUCACUCACACACACAAACACGUAUGUGUGUGUGAUAUGUGAUGGGUGUGUCUAUAUAUAUAUAUAUAUCUCUCAAAUGUAGUGCCAGUCAAAAGUCUGGACACACCAAGUCACCUACAAAGAAGAGUGACCAGGCCACCUGCCCUGUACACAGUAGAAAUGGAAUUGGAUGAGUUUGAUCUGAGAAUGAAGGAAAAGCAGCCAAUGAGUGCUCAGUAUAUAUGUGCCACCUCCUUCAGGACAGCUGGAAAAGCUUCCCAGGAGGCCACCUCAUGAAACUGGCUUAGAGGAGGAAGUAGAGACAACCAGUCCCUGGAUGUAAAUGUAAAUAUAAAAUAUAUACUGUAGAGAACAGUACAAUAAACUUUUUUAUUGGGAGGUGCGUCUAAACUUUGGAAUGGUGCUGAGUGUGUGUAUGAUAUGUAUAUCACAUUGUGAGGACCCCACGAUGUGAUAAAAACCUGCUAUUUUGACGUUGUGGGGAAACUCAAUUUUGUAAAAAUCUGUGACUGCAAUCAAAAAAACUAAAAAAGCCAAGAGUCUUGUAUUUUGUCAACAGCUAGUCUUCUCAAAUUAUACUGAAAUGACAAAUGUACAUUGAGUGUUUAUAGCUGGGAGAAGUGAGAAGCAACCAGGUGCUUGUAAAACAUGAGGGUGAGUAUAUACAGGCACAUGGGGGCUUCUGUUGCAGAAAAAGGAACUUUACUGUACUAGAUGCAUGAGAUGUGCCACUGCUGCUUUGAACCACUGUAAAACGCCAUGGGGAAGUAUAAGUUAAAUUUAAAUUAAGCAUUUGAUAAUUAACCUCAGGAUUUAGCUGAGUGUACAAAAUCUGUGCUAUAAAUGGAUAUAAAUUUAAUUGCUUUGCCUUCGGGAUAAAAAUCAGAGUUCUAUUUAUUCAACACAACCUUCCCCUCAGUGUAUUAUUGUCUAAAACAAAUGUGCAAAACUGGCCAUUAUCCUAGAAUACAUUUUUUGUGAACAAAUUAGUUAUUUACAACUUUAAUGGAGAGUUGAGCCAAAUCGUGUUUACUGUUUUAAGUGCCACAUCUGGUCUGCCCAGGACCAAAGCGUUGGGUAGCAUUCUUCGCUUUGCAGAGCAUCUGAAUGUAAACUAAUUAGAAAUAAAAAAUCUUCAGCUCUGAAAAUGUGUUCUGAAUAAAGGUCCCUUACCAUACCAACUGUUUUAUCCCGUGUACAGGCCAUAACAAACUCAGAGAUUUCCCAGAAGUCUGUUAUGCAGCUGUCUGGUUGGGUUCUUUUCAGCAAAAUUAUAAAUAUGGAAGUCUGCACUCUUAGGGCCCAGCUCACAAGGAAGCUCUGCUUGCCUUAUUGAUGCCAUAUUUCACAGAACUUUCCUGAAAGUUGUAUAGAAUCCCCAGGUCGAGUAUGAUGGAUGUUGUCAUGGCCCCGCUAUGAUGUGAAGAUUCUGUCUUUGGUGUAAAAUGACACAAUGUCCCUUUAACAUUUUUUUAUAAAGUGGACUGCUGUCUCUACCUAGUGGCACGAUUGUGGAACUCCAGGCACUUUAGGCGUUAAUGACAAGUCUUUUUCUAUACAGAAUAGGGUAAUGGAAAGAGACAACACCUGAUGAUCUGAAAUAUACCUUUGUUGCUGUCCCAGUUAAUUGAAGCACGCCUGCUCAACAUAAUUAUUAUUAAUGCUUAUUCAAUGCUAGGCCAAAAUGCACCUUGAGGUUUGAAUGACGGAACAUUUAAAUUUCACUAAUUAUUGAUAGCUGUGGUUUGUAACUUGGUUUACUGUGCUGAGAGUGUAUAGUACAAGGAAAUGACUUUAAUUGGUACAAACCUGCAUAGCCCUUGUGUCGUUUCUAACAUUUACAAAGACUGUAUAGUUUUUUUUUUUUAUUACUAGCAUCUGUUUGUCUUUUGCUAGCACCCAGACCUGGCUGACUGUAAGUUGCGACCUUGUGAUUGCUGCUUGUGAUUAUCUGUCCACAGAUGUUUUUCAAAUAAUUUUGUGAUCCAGCUUCAAAAUUAUGCAAAAACGAAGUUUUAGUUUUUGUCUUGUUAUAUGGAGUUGUGUUUUAAAUCUUUUUUUAAGAAACUGUUGUAUGUUGUAUUUUGUAAUCUAUUUAUUUUGCUCAUUUAAGGUUUUUUUGUGACUUAUCUAAAUUUUCUGGGAUCCCACCAAAACAAAAAACGACCUUACCUGAUUUCCUCAUUUAUUGUAGAAAUAUGUGGCAUGAUGUUUGUUCAUUAUAUUAACAAAAAGGCACGAACAGUGUUUGUUCAAACAUGUUUUGGAAGAAUUACAUUUCUGUUUGAUUUACAAUGGAGCAACAAACACCUCAAAGACAGUAUUCGUUUUGAGCUGUUAGAAAUGUUUUCAUGUUUUUGUUUUCAAUCAGUGAUGUACAUCUUCAUUUGAUCAAUUAAGGAACAGAUUUGGCAAGUGAAAAUAUAUUGACAACAGUCUUACAACAAGUUUAACAAUAGCUUUUUUCUGCAGAUUCUGGGGAGUGACAUGAAGUCUGAAACUGUAUUUUACUGAUGACAGCCUUUUCCUUAAUUUCAUAAGGCUCACAGUGAUUGUUUAAUUUAUUACCUUUACUAAAUAAUCCUCUCCCAUGAAAGCCAAAAAAUCUACAAUAAUUAUUAGCACUGCAGUAUAUAUGUACAGAAGAAUCAGUAAACCAUAUAUCUGUGUUUUUACCUGUAAAUGCAACACUUUUUCCAUAAGUCUAAGAAGCUGGGGUCGAUUGAGGUGAAUCUUCCAAUAGAUUGAUGUAGUAUAUGUACAGUAUGAAAUGGGAAACAGGUCAUCAUGAAUGAUUGAGGGUCGUUCUUGUGAUAAUGCAGCAGCAUAGCCACAACCCACAGGGUGUUUGCUGUGCUGUCUGCAAAGCCUGUACUGAUGACUCAAGCUUGACAUGCUGCCAGACCGAAGGCACAGUGACUCCCAUUUGUUGCCUUAUUGUUCUUCUCUUGACAGGGUUUAUUAAAACAGUGAAAUAUACUGAUACAAGUAAGCCAUAAAGUAGAGACUUUGAAUUGACAAAUCACAGGUCUGUAUUCAGGUAUACUUUUUCCUUUGGUGUUGCUGUUUAACAGGCUAUAAGACAUUUCUGAUAUUUAUGAUUAAAAUAAAUUAGCAGUGUAUUCAGUAUUUCAUUGGCCAAUGCCAGGACUAACAGGAGUUGAAAAAUAUGCCCAAUUUUCAAAUUAGAACCUAAAGAUGUCUUCAACUUUAAACAAGCUGUUAUACCUUUUGUCAAUGCAUACUAGAAGCAUUAUCUACAUGGCAAAUUAUUUUCAGUAAUGUUUUUUAUGGUAAUAUCUGAUCAUUUACAUAUCUAGGCAAUGUCACCUCACCCCACAAAAUCAGUUUAUCAGCAUCAUUCACACAGGUGGUUUUCUGUCUUUCUUGUUAGGCACCUUCCCACUUCAGCUUUUAACCUGCGCUUACAGUAUCUACAAAUAAAGCUUCUCCUUCAGGCCUCAGUAUCACCUUUAGGACCAAUCACAGCCCAGGCUGCUCCUGGGACAGCCAGACAACGUCCCUUUGGGAGGGGAGGCUGCACUUUACUGUCACUCGCUCUGGCUCCCUAGAGUUUAUCUUCUGAGCUGAUCACAGCCGUGAUUGAAGCCAGCAGCUCAAAAUAAUUAUGCAAACAUGGUCUGAAGUAUUUAUCGGUUUGUCGUAUUCAUUAUGGCUAAGGAUGAACACACAGCUCACUUUAUGGAUGCAAUUAAUCAACAAUCAAAGCAUUCCAACAGUAGAAAGGAGACAAGAAAAAAAUCUCCCCCCCCCC